CAUGCUAAUUCUUGAACAGUUUCCGUAUCCACCUCAAAGUCAUGCACCUUUUUUAAACAUAUUCUCUCUUUCUUCAUCUCAUCACCACUCACACAUAUAUCUUCAUGCCUCUACUUUACUUCAUAAAGGGUGGUAGGGUGCAAAAUCUUUGUUGGGAAUUAAGAGUUAUUUAUAAAUGGCUGCGUCAGUGGGUGGAAGUAGGCUUCAAAGCAUGUUGCAAGCUGCAGUUCAAUCUGUUCAAUGGACCUACAGCCUCUUCUGGCAACUUUGUCCACAACAAAUGAUUUUGGUUUGGGGCGAUGGUUACUACAAUGGAGCAAUUAAGACAAGGAAGACAGUGCAACCAAUGGAGGUUAGUGCUGAGGAGGCAUCUCUCCAAAGAAGCCAACAGCUCAGGGAACUCUAUGACUCCUUGUCCGCCGGAGAGACCAACCCGCCUACUCGCCGCCCUUGCGCCGCCUUGUCGCCGGAGGACCUAACGGAAUCCGAAUGGUUCUAUUUGAUGUGUGUCUCAUUCUCAUUUCCUCCUGCUGUUGGGUUGCCAGGAAAGGCAUAUGCUAGGAGGCAACAUGUAUGGCUCACAGGUGCAAACGAGGUGGACAGCAAAACCUUUACCAGAGCUAUUCUAGCCAAGAGUGCUCGUAUACAGACCGUGGUGUGCAUUCCUCUAUUGGACGGUGUCGUUGAGUUUGGCACAAUAGAUAAGGUUCAAGAAGAUAUUAAGUUUAUCCAACACGUGAAGAGUUUUUUCAUAGAACACCACCACGCCUCCGUCCAUCCUCCGCCGCCGCCAAAGCCAGCCCUCUCAGAGCACUCCACCUCCAAUCCUGCAUCCUCAUCUGACUGCCUCAUUUAUACCGUAACGGACCCACCAUUUCCUCCGCCUAACCUUACCAAUGAAGACAAUAUGGAAGAAGACCAAGACAAUGAGGAAGAAGAAGAAGAAGAGGAGGACGAGGAUGAUGAAGAAGAAGAACCCAUAUUGGACUCUGAAGAUGAAAAGAGACGAAAUAAUAAUAAUGUUUCAGGUGGAAUUACAGAACCAAGUGAGUUGAUGCAAUUAGAAAUGUCUGAAGAUAUUAGAGUUGGAUCACCUAAUGACGGAUCAAAUAAUCUUGAUUCCAAUUUUCAUUUACUAGCCGUUACCGAAGCAGAUAAUCAGUCGGGUCAAGUCGACUCUUAUCGAGUUGACCCGACUCAAAGAUGGGAUCCAAUUCAAAGCCCUUUGGAUCAGCUCCAAGUUCAACUACCAGUCUUUUCACCUAUAGAAGAUCAAAUAUUGACACAAGAAGAUGAUCACUAUUCUCAAACUGUAUCAAGCAUCCUCCAAAACCAAUCAACCCGUUGGGCUGACUCUCCUUCAAUAGCAUGCUACGUCACUUGCUCCAACCAAUCAGCAUUCGCCAAGUGGACAUCCCUCGUCGCCGACGAACAUCUCCACGCCGCCACGGCCGACGGCUCCUCCCAAUGGCUACUAAAAUACAUCUUAUUUACCGUGCCCUACCUACACUCCAACAAAAACAAUGAAGAAAACAAUAGUUCUCCAAAUAACACAAACCCUACCAGCUCAGCCGGUCCGUCGGACCGGCUGCGCGGAGGGGGAAAAGGCAGUGGCACUCCGCAGGACGAGCUGAGUGCAAACCACGUCCUGGCGGAGCGCCGCCGCCGUGAGAAGCUAAAUGAGAGAUUCAUCAUCCUAAGAUCACUUGUCCCAUUUGUUACCAAAAUGGACAAAGCUUCAAUUUUAGGUGACACAAUUGAAUAUGUGAAACAACUUAGAAGGAAGAUCCAAGACUUAGAGGCACGUAUCCGACAAAUGGAAGCUGAACAACAACGUUCGAGGACACCAUCAACAACAAUUGAAGUUCACCAUUGUGGCUCCUCCAACAAGGAGCAACAACAACACACGGUUGUGGUAGGGCAUGAGAAGAGGAAGGUGAGGAUUGUGGAGGGGACGAAGACCGCAACCAAGGUGGUGGCGGCGGCGGCCACAGAGGCAUCGGUGCAGGUUUCGAUUAUAGAGAGUGAUGCAUUGUUGGAGUUGGAGUGUAGUCAUAGGGAAGGGUUACUACUUGAUGUGAUGUUGGUGUUAAGAGAGAUGAAGAUUGAGGUUAUUGGGGUUCAAUCCUCACUCAACAAUGGAGUUUUUGUGGCUGAAUUGAGGGCCAAGGUUAAGGACAAUAAUUGUGGGAAGAAGGUUAGCAUUGUGGAAGUCAAGAGGGCAUUAAAUCAGGUUAUACCCCAUACUGGUGAUUAA